CACUUCCGGCAGCCUGGAGCGUCUCCUCCCUUCCCGCCUCCCUGCUCCGAGCGACUUAAACCCAGGCCUGGGGCCUGCAGCUCUGAGGGUCCUCGGGGGGGCGGGGAGCUGGGCUGAUGAGUAACCCCUCCCCCCAGGUCCCAGAGGAAGAAGCCUCGACGUCUGUCUGCCGGCCCAAGAGUUCCAUGGCCUCUGCUUCCCGCCGGCAGCGCCGAGAGCGACGCUUCCGGCGCUACUUGUCUGCGGGGCGGCUGGUCCGGGCCCAGGCCCUCCUCCAGAGACACCCAGGCCUGGAUGUGGAUGCUGGGCAGCCCCCACCCCUCCACCGGGCCUGUGCCCGCCAUGAUGCCCCUGCCCUGUGCCUGCUGCUGCGUCUUGGGGCUGACCCUGCACACCAGGACCGCCAUGGGGACACGGCUCUGCAUGCUGCUGCCCGCCAGGGCCCUGAUGGUGUGGUGGCACAUGCCUUUAAUCCUCCUCUCCACCCUCCCCAUCCCACUUCCCGAACAGAUGACGCCUCCCGGGAGACCCAGGAGCCGGAGUCCUUCUCGGCCUGGUCGGAUCGCCUGGCCAGGGAACAUGCACAGAAGCAGCAGCAGCAGCAGCAGCAGCGCCGAGAGGCCCAGGGCUCCUGCCGACCCCCCAGGGCCGAGGGCUCGGGUCUGAACUGGAGACAGCAGGAGGAGGAGCAGCGGCUUUUCCGAGAGCGAGCCCGGGCCAAGGACGAAGAACUGCGAGUGAGCCGGGCCAGGAGGGCGCAGGAGGCCCCCGGAGACCGGGGUCCGGAGCCCCCCAGGGCUCGAUCCAGGGAGCACCCGCGGGGGGCGGGGAGGGGCCGCCUCUGGCGCUUCGGGGAUGUGCCCUGGCCCUGCCCUGGUGGAGGGGACCCCGAGGCCAUGGCCGCAGCCCUGGUGGCCAGGGGCCCCCCGCUGGAGGAGCAGGGGGCUCUGAGGAGGUACCUAAGGGUGCAGCAGGUGCGCUGGCAUCCCGACCGCUUCCUGCAGCGAUUCCGAAGCCAGAUAGAGACCUGGGAGCUGGGCCGCGUGAUGGGAACUGUGACGGCCCUUUCUCAGGCCCUGAACCGCCAUGCAGAGGCCCUCAAGUGACUCCAGGGAAGGAGCUGGAGACUGUGGGGAUGUAGCCUUAGGGGCAGGCGGAAGGAAGGGUGAGAUCAGGGCUGGGGAUGGCCAGGGAAGAGGAGCCGCCUCGCAGAGGAUACGAGAUGGACCAACAUAAUGCGGGGGUGGGAGUGUGGGCCAUGCUGCUCUGGACGCUGCCAUUUCCUAAUAAGACCUGGUUCCACGUCUGA